UGUAAAUUAAUUAAUUGACAAAUAUUAUCAUCAUUGAGGAAGAUUGAAAAAUGGAUAUUUCAACUAACAAGGCGCAAUAUAAUGAAACCAAGCAGAACUUGAGAAUUACACUGGCUUUACUAUCUAAUUGACCACAACCUGGCUAAUUAAUCAACAUCCCGAAUGGCUUCGGGGUUCUACCUAGUUUUUCCUCAGCGAAAGUACCGCACUAUCAUUUUGCAAUACGUCAAAUUAUUAUAUUGAUGCAUGAAUUAAGGCGUGGCUAUCAUCAACCACUUGAACAUCAUCCGGAUGCUGAGGGUAGGAAUUAUGCCAACAACUGACUCUUGUUGGUGCAUUACGAAAUGAUCUCGAAGGUACUCAAGUCAGUGGAGUUUCACUUUGAACCAUCGAGGAAAGUACGCUUUAAAGUUGAUCUCUGGAAUUUUCUGUGCGUGCUGAUCUGCAUCGUGUCUCCCUGUCUCGCUAGGAAUCAUCCACCGCAAUUCCUCAUAAAUGGCCAGACCGAGAUUGUCGUCAGACUUCGAGAAGGUCCAGAAACACCAGUUGGAAGUUUAAUUUACAAGCUCAAAGGAAUUGACCCAGACGGUGAUGAUUUGACAUUCGGAGUGAAAGAUCAACUUGGUUCUGAUGUUAUUCGUGUCGAGAACUUUGGUCGCCAAGAAGCCAACGUAUACCUAAACAAAUUACUUGACCGUGAGACCAAAGAUGAGUACGCAUUAGUGUUGACAUUGACCGAUGGCAAGUUGGGAGAUGGAAACUUUAUUACUCAAAGUCUUCUCUUACUUGUGGAUGACAUUAAUGAUAAUGCUCCUGUCUUUCGUUCUCAUCCUACAACCUUGACAAUAAGAGAAGACUCGGGACCUGGUAUUUUAACAACGGUCGAAGCUACUGACGCUGAUGAAGGUGCUCAUGGUCAAGUGGUCUACCAGCUGCAAGAACUUGACGGAGAUAAUGAUGUAUUCUCCAUCUCUACUGUCAAUGGAAAAGGUGUUGUUCGACUUGUUGGCAAGUUAGAUUAUGAAAAAAAAUACCUCUACCAAUUAAGAAUUCUCGCGGUUGAUCGUGCGAUCAAUGGAAAGGUAAAUACUGGCACUUCAGCAAUCUUGGUAAAGAUUCAGGAUGUUGAAGAUCAACCACCAGAGUUCAUUGCCAUGACUCCAGUUGCUAAAAUUAGCGAAAAUGCUAAAAUAGGAACUUCCGUACUUCAAGUUCGAGCAAUAGACGGUGAUAAAGGAAUCAACAAUCGAGUAUCGUACAGCAUCACCGAAGGACCUAGACAUCUUUUUGACAUUGAUUCUCAUACAGGAUUGGUUUUCACUCGAUCUCAGCUGGAUAGAGAAGCAGAUGACAAUAGUGAAGGAGCAUUUGUUCUAGAAAUAACUGUUAAAGAAAUAUCAAAAAAAGUGCCAACACCUUCAGUCACGACUGAGGUCACUAUCAUUCUUACAGAUGUCAAUGAUGAAACUCCCAGGUUUCGAAAUGAUCGUUACAUAGCUGAAAUUAACGAAAAUGCUCCAAAAAAUACUCCAGUCAAUUUCAUUGGUGAUGCAUUUCCAGAAGUUUACGAUCAUGAUUUAGGAACUAAUGGAACCUUUCAAAUGUUCAUCAACGGUGAUGGAGAAAUAUUUGAAAUCACACCAUCACGUGGUAUCAAUGAAGCUCCAUUUCUCAUUCGUGUGAAAGAAUCAUCAGAGUUAGACUUUGAACGUCGAUCAGUGAUAAAUUUUACGAUAGUUGCCAAAGAACUGGUUCCUUUUCAACCAAAAUUUAGUGUAGUGCCAGUGACAGUUUAUAUCAAAGAUCAGAAUGAUAAUUAUCCAGAGUUUACAAUGCCUAUCUAUGAAGUUAACAUACCAGAGAAUUGUCCUGUCGGAACGACAGUCGCGUGGGUGCAAGCAUCGGAUGAUGACAGUGGUAACUAUGGUACUCGUGGCAUUAGAUAUACUAAUUUAGGUGGAAGCAUAGCUUACGCUUUGAAGUUAAACUCAACAACCGGUAUCAUUACCGUGAAGGAUACUGGACUUGGUUUCGACCGCGAGUUAGUAGCCCGACAUUAUCUCACGGUAGAAGCUCGUGAUGACCUUGGAAAAGGAAACCGCAAUUCCGUCCAGCUUGUGGUUAAUAUUGAUGAUGUUAAUGACAACCCUCCUGUAUUUCUUCAGACUAAAUAUGAAGCUGUUUUAUUGGAAAACAAAAAAACAUUUGAAUCACCAGUUAUCGUCGAAGCCUUUGAUAUCGAUCUCAAUACAACGAGAAACUCUGAAAUUGUUUAUUCUUUAGCUCCCAGUGAAUUCUCUCGUAAUUUUACAAUUGAUCCAAAGCGAGGUAUUGUCACCCCUGUAGGUGGUAUGGACUAUGAAGCCUUACCAAUGAUCCCUGGUCAUCGUGAAACGUCAAUUCGUCCUUUAAAAUUAACUAUUCGAGCUCGAGAUAAAGGAACACCAAGUCUGAGUUCAGAAGCACCAUUGAUAGUUUAUUUAAAAGAUUUGAAUGACAAUGAACCAAUGUUUGAACGAGCUUUAUAUCAGAAAAAUAUUCCAGAAGAUUUACCUGGUGGUACGAAUAUUCUUCAAGUAAAAGCAUGGGAUAAAGAUUUAUCUUCACCAAACAAUAAGCUAGUAUAUAGAAUCCAACAUGGUGCUGGAGAUAAAUUUGUUAUUAGUCCAGAGAAUGGAAUAAUUAAAGUGGCACCAGGUUCUAAUCUAGAUCCUGAUUUAACAUCUCCCAAAACAACCAAGUAUGUUUUAACAGUAGUAGCCAUUGAUAGUGGUACAGAAAUUCAAAGAUCUGCCGAGGUUUUAGUAAAUAUUUCAAUUGUUGAUGUGAAUAACAAACCACCGGUAUUUAUUGAUCCUGGUACGGUUGCUAUUAGAGAAAACACCCAAGUUGGUGCAUAUGUACACCGAGUUGUAGCCAACGAUCCAGACAUUGCGCCUGUUUUGCGGUAUAGAAUCGAUCCUAAUUCAUCAGAGGCUCGCAAUGAGGAAGGCACUUUAAUUAAAGUUCAAGAAUAUGACUAUUUAACAGCUUUUGAACUCAAUGCACUCGAUGGUUUAUUGAGAGUAAUCAAACUUUUAGAUCGUGAAAGAGUUGAAACAAUAAAAUUAGGUCUUGUCGUUGAAGAUCUUGGAGCUGUUCGGGGAACACAGACAGCUUCAGCGAUAUUAAAUGUUAUAAUAGAAGAUGAAAAUGAUAAUAAUCCACGAUUCAGACGUCCAUUUUAUCGAAGAUCAGUCACGGAAAAUAGUAAGAAUGGAGUUCAUAUUGUCAGCGUUGUUGCUGACGAUGCUGACAAAAAUCGAACAAUUACUUAUUCAAUGGAAAGCCCGAGAGAAAUUGCAGACCUCGUUCAUUUAGAUCCGGAUACCGGUGAAAUAGUUGUAGCAAAUAAAAUCGAUAGAGAACAAUACUCCUGGUUAAAUUUAACAAUUCGUGCAACUGAUUCAGGUAUUCCACCAAGAUCUAGUUUGUCAGAAGUUUAUGUACAAGUUUUAGAUGAAAAUGAUAACAAUCCUUACUUCAUAACUGACAUUAAUAAUAUCACAGUGCCCGAAAAUAUUAAAGUAGGCACUGAAGUGGUACGAAUUGAAGCUAAAGAUCCUGAUAGUGGUGAUUAUGGAAAGAUAACAUAUCUUUUAGAUCGAAUGUCUUCACAGGAAAAAUUUAUAAUACAUCCAGAAACAGGAGCUAUAAGUGUUGCAAAUAAACUUGAUUGGAAAAUAAAAAAUAGUUAUUUAUUAAUCAUUGAAGCUUGGGAUAAUUAUCAUUUUGGGUAUUCAACUGGAGAAUCACGUAAUGCAUUCAAACAAGUCGAAGUAAUUAUAGGAGACGUAAAUGAUAAUGGUCCAAAACUAGAAGUACCGCAGGAGUGUGUUACUAUAUCAGAGUUUCAUGACAUGAGAGAUGCAGUAGCUGUAAUUAAAGCAACUGAUGCUGAUGACCCAUCAACUCCUAAUGGUCGAGUAAUGUUUAGAAUUCUUACGGGUAAUGAAAUGGGUUUGUUUAUGCUAGAGCAAACUGAUUAUUGGACUGCAAAAAUAAAAGCAGUUAAAUCAUUAAGAGGAAGAUUUGGAAAUUAUUCGCUACAUCUGGAAGCUCGUGAUCUUGGAUCUCCUGUUAAUGAAGAUAAUAAAUAUCUCAAUAUUUGCGUAUUAGACUAUAACGAUAAUCCUCCAGUAUUUUUAAGUCCUCAACAUAACACAACAAUACGAGUUCCUGAAAAUAUUACCGUUGGAUCAACAAUAAUUCAAGUUGAAGCUAAAGAUGCUGAUACAGGAUUAAAUGGAGAUGUGCAUUAUCGAUUGAAGCAAGACCUUACUGGUCACUGGAGAAGCUUUCAUAUUGAUGAUAAAACAGGUGUUGUUACCUUGAAACAACCGUUGGAUCGAGAGACUCAGAAGAUGUAUGAAAUAAGAAUUGAAGCUUUUGAUCUUGGAACUCCAACUCCACUUAGUUCAGAUCUGGAUUUAAUCAUCUAUGUUAAAAAUGUCAACGACUACGAACCACAAUUCUUAGUAGACAUAUUUACAGUUACAUUUACAGAAGAAAAACCACCAAAAGCUGAAGAAAUUUCUCUACCUGAGACUGUUGAUAGAGAUGAAGUAGAUGAUCUAGAUGAUCCACCCACUCAAGUUUGUUAUUUUAUCAUAGGAGGUAAUGAUGAUGGCUACUUUACCCUUGAUAUCUUCAGCCACAAACUAACUACUGCCAAGAAACUAGAUAGAGAGACACAGGAAGAGCAUUUACUACUUGUCAAAGCAACUGAAGAUUGCUCUUCAGCUCCAGCUAAUCAAAGCUUCUUUGAUGAAAACGACGAUACCCUUUUAAAAGUUGUAAUUACUGUAAAAGACAUCAAUGAUCAUUCACCAAAGUUUGUUAGCAAAGUUUUCACUGGAGGGGUAACUACAGAAGCAGAUUUUGGAACUCAAGUUAUUCAUGUAAAGGCUAUUGACCCGGAUGCUGGAGACAAUGCAGCUGUAAGUUAUUAUCAAGUAGGCAAAGUUCACAUGACGUUGACAGAAGGUCUUGAUGACAUGAACAUCCAGCCAUUCCUCGUUGAUAGACUAACUGGCGCAGUUACUUUGAACUUUGACCCUCAACCACGGAUGAAAGGCUACUUCGAUUUCAUGGUUCUCGCUAACGACACAGAUGGUCUUCAUGAUACAGCACGAGUAUUCAUUUACUUACUUCGAGAAGAUCAAAGAGUUCGAUUUGUACUUAGACAACAUCCACCCGAGAUUCGAAACAGGAUUGACAAUUUUCGAGAAAUUCUUGGGAAUGUCACAGGAGCAAUAGUAAACGUAGAUGAAUAUAAAGUUCAUGAGAAUCAAGAUGGUUCAGUUGAUCGAACGAGGACAGAUCUUUAUCUACACCUAGUAAAUCGUCAUGAUAAUUCAAUCCUUGAUGUGUCUCAAGUUCUCGAGUUAGUCGAUCGAAAUAUUGAAAAACUAGAUACAUUAUUUAAAGACUUCAACGUACUUGAUACUCAGCCUGCAGAAUCACAACCAAUAGUUCAAUAUGAACAAGCAGCCACAACAUUUUGGCUCUUAGUAUUAACCGUUUUUCUCGGUGCAUUAUUAAUAUUAUGUAUUGCUCUUUGUUUAUCACAACGAGCUUCUUUCCAACGACAAUUGAAGGCUGCCAAUGCAUCACCUUUUGGAACAACAGACUCUGAAUUUAUGCGAGGUCCUGGAAGAGUUCCCAAUACUAAUAAACAUAGCGUUGAAGGAUCAAAUCCUAUUUGGAUGCAUGCUUAUGAAAAUGAGUGGUUUAAAAGUGAUGAGUCAUUCAGUCAUAGAUCAGAUCGUGAUUCGUUAGAUGAAAAUGCAUUGAAUAAUGAAGAAAUGAAUGAAGCAAACUCUGGAGAAAGAGCUACGAAUGAAAAUAUUUAUUACACUCAACCAAAUCCUACAUCAAUUUCUAGAAUGCUAUUGAAAGGAUGCUUCAAAAUAUGGAUAUCAUUGAGUUUAGUCUUGAUGGGGACAAAAGGUUCUCGACCAAGAUUCGACACAUCAACAGAUAUGGGAAUGGUUUUGGUUCCAGCAGAUGCAGAAGUUGAUUCAGUUAUAUUUAGAUUACGUGCCACAGACCAAGAUGUUGAUUUUCCACUUGUCUUCGAUAUUACAUCAACUAUAUCACCAGUUGUACGAAUAGAAAAUUUACCCUGCACUCUAUACAAUAAAGUAUGCCAAGCCAAUGUUAUUUUAACGAGACGCUUGACCGCUGGACGACUCCAUGAUUUUGCUGUACGAGUAAGAGACUCCAAAGGUGAUUCCAAUUCUAUGCAAGCUACUAUUUCCGUGACGAAUGCAACUACACCACGCGAUACGAUAUUUCCGCAUAUACCAACACUUAUUAUGGUACCUGAAGAUACAAAACCUGGCAAAGAACUUGAUUAUAUUUUAGUAAAGUCUAAUCCAUGGAGUGGUAAACCAGUUUAUAUUGAAUUAUGGCAACCUAAAGAAUUAUUUACAAUCAGACAACGAUUGAUUCCUGGUCAUACACGAGGAACAAUUAUAUUGACUGGAGAAUUGGAUUUUGAAACUCAGUCUAUGUAUACACUCACCAUCUACGCUACGGACCCUUACACGGAACCAAGAAAAGACACACGAAAUAUAGCUGGUUUACACUUGAUAGUUAUCGUUCAAGAUGUCCAAGAUGUUCCACCUAUAUUUACAUUGGCUCCUCCACUAACAAAAUUAAACAAUACUGUUCAACCCGGUGACGUCAUUCUUAGGGUUCAUGCUGAAGAUGGUGAUAAAGGAGUUCCAAGAGAAAUUUCUUAUGGCCUGGUAUCAGAAGGAAACCCAUUCACACCAUUCUUCAAUAUCACUGAAACUACUGGAGAAAUCAUUUUGGCACGUCCAUUAGAGGAAUUGACACAAAUUACUCAUGUUGGAGCUCCAAUUGUACUCAGUAUUGUUGCUGAAGAAAUUCGAAGAUCAACUGAUGAACCACCAGCUCAAGCAACAGUUGUUAAAGUUGGAUUGCUUUUGGGAGAACCAGGAAAUAGUCCACCUUAUUUCGAAAAUGACAAUUAUGUAGCUUGGAUGGAUGAAAAUGCAGAACCAGGAACAUCAAUCAUAUUUGAAGAGCCUUAUAUAACAAAAGUUCGAGACGAAGACAUUGGCAAAGCUGGUGUUUUUACUCUAAAAUUAGACAAUAAUAAUGGAACAUUUGAAAUUAGUCCUUCAGUUGCAGAAAGAAAUGCAAAUUUUAUAUUAACUGUACGUGACAAUUCUUUAAUUGAUUAUGAAAUUUAUAAAAGUCUACGAUUUAAAAUUGUAGCCCAAGAAGUAGGACCGGCGACAAAUUUAUCAGCAUCAGUACCAGUGACAAUUUUUUUAAGAGAUAAAAAUGAUAAUCCUCCAGAAUUUGAAGAAGCAUCCUAUGAAGUAACAUUAUCAGAAAAUGUAACAGCUGGUACUCGAGUAACUCAAGUUCAUGCCACUGACAAAGAUACUGGAUUUUUUGGUAGAAUUCAGUACACUCGAAUUAUAGGUCCUGGUAGCGAAGCUUUUGCAAUAAAUCCCGAUACGGGAGUUAUUACUGUAAGCAUGGACACAUCUUCUCUAGAUCGAGAAAUAACUCCUCAGUUACAACUCAUUGUGGAGGCUUGUGAUGAAGAUGGCAGAGGACUUAGAGGAACUGUACCAUUCAUAGUAAAUCUUCUAGAUGCUAAUGAUAAUGCUCCAAUAUUUGAAAAAGAUACUUAUGAAUUUGUACUUAAUCUUGAUUUAACGAAUUUUACGGUGCCGGCCAUUAUAAAAGCUUUCGAUGCUGAUGCAGAGUCUCCAAACAACGAAGUACGAUACGAAAUAAUCCAUGGAAAUUAUGAUAAUAAAUUUAUUCUUAAUGAUACCACUGGGGAAUUAUUUUUACGAGAACCAAUAACAAAAACUAGAAGCACAAGACAUAAUGGAUACCAAAGAUUUGCGACUAAACUUAAAAAGAAUAUUGUUUCAACAUCUGAAUCACCUCAAAAAAUAUCUAGCAGUACACAAAAAACUUUUGAUUUAUCAACAAUUUUGAGUGUUUUGAAUGACAAUCAUACUAUUAAAAAUCAUACUAUUAAAAAUAAUACUGAAUUAAUUAAAAGAAGAAAACGGGAAGAUAAAAAUGUGCUGUUUACUUUAACCGUUAGAGCUUAUGACCUCGGUGUCCCACAUCUAUCAGGAACUACCCAAGUAAAAAUACUCCAAUCACCUCAAGCUGGUGUUAGAACUUUGAUGUUUCUAGUACCAGGAGAACAUCCCGAUCGCAUCAAAACAGCACAAACAUUAGCAACUAUUACUGGAGGCCGAGUAACAGUAAUGGAAAUUCGUCCUUAUACUCCAGGAAGUUUGCCAAAUGGAGUGGAAGAUAUACCAACUUCAGGAACUGGAAAAAGAAGUAUAGUAGUAGCUAAAGUAGAGUACACAGGAUCUGAAUCAUCAGUCGUUGAUAUCGAGAAAAUUAGAGCAGCUUUGGCAGCAAAUGGUGUCGGAGUAAUUGGCGGUGAUAUGUCACCUAAUGGAAAUACAGAAAUAAAUCCUCCAGUAACUAAUCAAACAAUUAAUAAAAAUAAUACUUCUCCUUCUCUUGAUAUUGGUACAAAUGGGGGUAAAACUACAACUGUUGUUAGCGAUGGAACAAAUAUUAAUAAAACUACGAUAAUUACAAAUCGUGAAGAAGUAAUAGUUUACAAAGCAGAAAAUAAAUUAUUAUUCUGGUUGCUGAUCAUUCUUGGAUUACUGGUGUUAGCUGCUAUCAUUAUUUUGAUAGUUUGUUGUAUUUGCCCGGGAUGCCCAUUUUAUAUGGCCCCUAGAAAAAGAAGGGUUCGUUCUUCCGAUACAUUCAUAGCUCGUGUUGAUGGACGUCCUAAAAGACACAUAUAUAGAAAGUAUCCUCAAACAGACGUUACGUGGUCAGAAAAAAAGCAAGCAUGGAGUGCAAACCAACCUCGUGAUAAUUGGCAAUUUAAUCGAAGAAAUAUAAGAAAUUAUGGAAUAGCAUCGCUUCCAGGGGAUGUAGUUUGUGAUGAUAGAGAUCGAGAAUUUCCCCGAAAAGCAUAUUCUUUAAGAUUACAAGAUGCAACAGAACCUAUUCAUAUUGUGGAAACUAGAAAAAGAGGCCAAGAUCGUUUAUAUGUAGAAGACGUUGAAGGUUUUAGAGUUAAAGGUUACGACGUUCCUGACAUGGAUUCACUACGACAAAAUGAAAUUGAAAGAGGUUCUGACAUGACGCGUGAGGCUUACGUGCAAGACAUUCGUGAGAAAGACCAACAAACAUUUCGAGACCAGCAAUUUUAUCGUUCAGGAAAUGCAGAAGUCAUGAGAUUGGUAACUAGAGGUGUUGCUGAGGGAAACAUAACAUACAGACAGCCUGAAAUAGUAAUCGAUCAAGUACAUAGAGUAGAUGGAAAAGACAUUUUAUUACGAAGAUUCAUUGAAGACCAAAAUUUGCGAGUAAACCAAGAAUAUCAUGGAAGUAUGCAAGAUUUAGAAAAACAAAGUAUGGAAUCACACAAACGACAGAAAGAAGCGUCUAUGCAACAGCAGCAACAACCAGAAAUAAUAUUGAUACCAGAACAGCUGGAACAAACUCAUCGACAGCAUAUUGAAGAACUCGGUCCAGAUGUACAGAGAUUGAUUAUUGACCACGGAAUUUAUGAUAAAUCAGCUCAAUCUGAUAUAAAAGAAAGUCAAGAUGCCGCUACAGGGACGACUUUAAUUAUUCAAGGAGCAAUUCCAAAAGCUUCUGAACUACCAAAAGAGCAGAAUAUUCCGAAGUAUCCAGUGAAUGUUCAACACUAUUCCAUUCAUGAUUUGGAAUUAGCACGACAAAAUGCUCUUUUGACACGAUUGCUUCUGGAAAGAGAUAGAGGCGUCAAUGCAGCAAUGAUGGAUACUGGAAGUUAUCUUGAAACCCAAAGCUUACCAGGUCAAGUUGCAGCUGGGACUCAAACUAAUCAAACUAUUGCUACACAAACAGAACAGCAAAGCAGAAGUAGGAGUGACAAUGAAGAAUCUGAGGAGGAUGCACGGAUGAGAAGAAAAAUGAGAUCGAAGAAAAGGUAUGAUGGAGAGGCUAAACGAGUUAGAGCAUUGUGGAUGCGGUCGCCAAUUAGAGAAGAAGAUAGAGAAUAUUCCGAGAAAGAUACUAACUUUAUUAGAAAAAAAAUAAAAGAUAUUAAAGAUGCAAGAAAGAGUAAUAUUGAACCUGAGGUUUUGAGAGAGAUAUCAGACUCAUUAGACGAAACUGGUGACAGGGAAACGCCCGUACGGAAUCGUGAAUCUUUUGGAGAUAGCUCUAAUUCACGAUAUGAAUCACGUGAUGAAAUUCCUCAACGGGAUGAUUCCUCUUCAAUCGAAAUGUCGAAAGAUGAAUACACAAGAGCGCAUGGACGGAGAGUUGAUGAUAGAAAUGAGACGAGAAAAAAAGAGAAAGAAGUAACAGGAAAGGAGGAAGCGCAAGGAGUAAAGAAGUCAAGUUUUAAAAUAUUAGAAAGGGAAAUAAGUUCGUUGAGUAAAAAGUUAUCGAAAUUAACUGGAAAAAAAAUUCAAAGUAAGCAUGAUUCUUAUAAAAAUAAUCAAAUGUCCAAAGAUUCAGAUAAUAAUGAUAUAAAUGUAACAUCUCCGGAUACUUAUCCUGAAGAUGAGAAAAAAUUGAAGAAAGUUGACGGUGUGAGAUCAAAACGAUCCAUUUCAAUGCAACGAGUUACAAAGUUGGCUUCGAAACAUUUGAAAAUGCCCGAUGGAAUAAGUGAUAAAAACAAAAAACAACAAAAAUUGAAAAGUACAAAAAAGCCUUUGGUCAGUACGGCUAGUUCCGAACUUGAAGAAAUAGAUAGAUUGAAGACACAAGUUACAACUAAGGAAUCAGAAGGAGAAACAAGUAAAUCCUCUGUAAGAAAAGUAACGAAAGCCAAAUUAAAUCGACAGGUAGCUGUUAAAGAAAAAGACAUAUCUUCAGUUGAAAAGAAGAAAGAUAUUUUAGUUAAACAAUCUAAAAAGUUGGACGACAAAAUGAAAAAAUCUGAAUUAAAAUUAAAACAUAUCAAAGAAGAUCGUAGUAAAAUAAAGAAAGCAGUUGAAAUGACUAAAAAAUUCAUGGAAGAUGAUCAUUCAAAAGAAUCUGACAAAAGAAUUCAAAAAUGGAAAACGAAACCUUCACGAAAACAGGAAAAUUCGAGUACUGAUGAAUCCCAAACAUCAAAAGAUUCAAGAGAUUCGGGUUCAAAAAUUUUCUCUAAUAAAACAUCUGUUACAUCGCCAACUGAAACUUUGGAAAGUCCAAAAGCUGGAGAAAUAACAGAGGAGAUGAUAGAUAUUAAAUCAACAACUCUCGAUGAUCAAAGAAAAUCUCUAAUAGCACAACAUCCGAUUGACUCUUCUUCUAAAGAAAUUCAAUUAAUUCAAAUGGAUGAAAAGAAAGUAACAUUAGAAGUUGACAAGCCAAAUCUAAUUACAAUUGAGCCUUUGAUAAAUUCAAAGAAAAAAGAAGAAUUAUCAGGAAAGGAUCAGGUUGCUACGUCGGAAACAGAUAAAAAGAAGGCAGAAGAGUUCCAAAAGGCUGAAUUCACAUCUGGAAUGCUUCCAACGCCUCUUUCUGAAUUCUUAAUAGGGAAGCAUGACAAAAAUAUCGAAGUAUCUACCACUCCUGUUGCUCCUGUGACAGAGACAAUAAGUCAGAAUAUUGGAGAUAAUUCAGAGGAAAGAAAAUUGCAAGCUGCUGAAUUAAUUCAAAAAGAUAGAGAUAGCACCAAAGAUAUAAUUAAUGCAAUCGUUAAAAAAAUUAAUAUCAAUGAAGAUAAACGCGAUACAAAAAUAAUCGAUUCUCCAAAAAUAAUAUCCGAAGAACAAGAAAGAAUUGAAGAAAUUGAAAAGAAAGUUAUUGAAGCAUUUGAAUCUGCUGAACGAAAAGAACUUGGAAUGUCAGAUGUUUCAACAGCGAAAGUAUCAGGAGUUGAUGUUCUUGAUGAUGCAGAUUAUAUUAAAGAUCAAAGUGGACACAAAGCAAGCGAAGAUUUCCAGACCGAAAUAAAAGUAGAAGCUCUACCUGCUAUCUCUCAUGCUUUUGCGAUUCCUGUACCUGUAAUAACUGCAGAUAUUCCCACGAAAUCUGUUGCGAAAGAAGAUAAUAUAAGUGAAUUAUCCGCGAAAAAUGAUUCAGAUAAAAAAGUAGAAGAAAAAUGUGAUGAAAUGUCUGAAGAUGUACCCAAGUUGGCAAUAUCAUCAUCUUCACAAUUAUCAGAAGAACAGAAAGUUGAGAUUGAUGAACAUGUAGAUACUCAAGAGCAAAAACAGUCACCUUCCAUAAAAGGUUCUGUAAAUAUAGUUCUGGAAAGUGAAGUAGUAAAAAAAGACAUUGAAGUAGAUAAAAACAAAUCAGUAGAUACAAAUGAAGAUAAAAAUAUGGAAAUAAAAGUAUUAGAGGAUACAGAGAAAGAUUCAGAACAGAUUAAAAAAGAAACACCUAUAGCAGAUUUAAUUAAGGAUGAAAAAAAUACUUUAGUAAUAAAAAUUUCAGAAGAAAGUGUCGAUGAAGACAAAGAAAAGCAUACUUUAGAUAUUGCUGUUGAACCAACUUCACCAGUAAGCCAAACUAGUAGUCUGUCUCCUAAACAAGUUGUCAUUUCACGAGAAACAUCUUUUUUAAGUUCUCCUAAAAAAAUGUCAGUUGAUGAACCACCUCAAGUACCUCAAGAAAUAUUGAAUUUAGUUGAUGAUACAGAAUCUAAACUUGAAAUUCAUAUAUCUGAAGAUAAGUCUGAUUCUUCAGACAAAAAAAUUGAGUUAUUUAUUGACAAACCUGAAUCAUAUGGAAGUAAUUUAAUACACGAAGAAUCUAUGGCACCUGAUUCACCAUUGAUAGAAAAACCUGAAGUUAACAGUUUAGCAGAUACAGUAGAUACCUUAGAUGACGAAAGCGAUGUAUCUAGUGAAUCUUCAACACAAACUGCAUUUAUUGCUCGUCCGUAUGGCACUCCUCGACAUCGACGUUUGGUAAGAAUGGAUCAUGUGUCUCCAAAUGACACAGAAACGAGUCCUGAAAAGAAAACUCAAGACAUAGAAAGUAUUAAGACUGACGAAACAUCUAAAAGUAGUGAUGACUUAAAAACAGAUGAAACAAAAGACUCGAAUGAAACAAGUAUAAAGAGAGAAGAUAACGCAGGUAGUAGUCAAGUAGAUAGAAAAUUAGAAUCGGGGAAAAAUGUAGAAAUAGGAAGUUUUCAAGCUUUAGAUAGUAUAGUGGGCACUGAAAGUAAAUCAGCAACCGUACAAACAGAAAGUUUCGAAGCAUCUCAACAAGUAACUCAAACUUCUGAUUCAAAUGCUGAUGGUGGUGAAAAAGUGCAGGAAAGUAAAGACAAUGUAGAAUCAAUUCAUAAAAAUGACCAAGUAGAUGUUGAUGAUUCUACUUCUCUUACAGAUCGCCUCGACUCCGUGAAUAAUCUUCAUGGAGACAGAAAAAAAUCUGGAGAGCAAAAAAUCACUGACUCAACGGGAUUAUUGAGCGUAAUCCAAUCAAAAGAUUCUCUGAAGCAUUCUGAUGAUUCUUUAAAAAUUUCUAAAAGCCGUGAUAGUUCUAGAGAAAGGUUUUCUCAAAACCAAGAUGUUUCUAAAGAUAAAUUAAAGAGUGCUGAUAAAAAAACACAACAGAAGCCAUUGGUAAAAAAAGAUUCAAUGAAAGAAAAAAAGCCAAAUCAACUUUCAAAAGAUCAAAUUAAUUUGCCGAAAAAAUUUGUCGGUAAAACAACACGGCAAUCUAAAGUGAGUGAUUUAGAAUCAGAACAAUCGAAAGAAAAAAUAGGAAUCGAUAGAACGAAACCACGAAAACGACUUGAUCAUGAGAAGAUUAUUUCAGAGAAAUCAAAAAGUGGAAGAGCAGUUGGACAAAAAACAAGGAAACAGGAGUCAGGUAAAGACCAAAAGGUAGAUUCACAUACCGAAGACUUGAAAAAAAAAGUUAAAAGAAUUGAAGACAAACGGUCUCAAAUAGAUGAAAUAAAGUUGCCAUCGUGUAAUACUAAAGAUAAAGCAGAACUCGUAUUAGGUAAAUCGCCAGAGGAAAAAAAAGUAGGUACGGAAUCUACUGUUUCAGGCAAUGCUGACAUGAAAGAGAUUAAACCGUUAGUAUCAGACACGGAAGGCAAACAAGUAGAUAAAGAAAUUUGUAUUGAAGUAGAAGGAGAACAUACGAAGGCAGAUAGAAGUCGGAAAACGUCACGUAAGACGGAGAAAAUAAUAAUCGUUGAAAUCAGUAGUUUAAAAAACAGAGAAAAUAAAAUAGAGAAGAUAAUGGAAGAAAAAACAACUGAAUCUUAUACUUCUAGUGAAACAGUAGAAGGGACAAGUUCACAUGGCCAAUUGAUGGUUGUUGAAAAAUCGCAAUUAAUGUCUGAAUUAGUAGUUGAUGAUGAAAAAUAUAAGAUGCUCCGUGAUAAAUCACCAGGUUCACAAAAAAUAACCCGACAUUAUAAAGAAGAACCACAUGAAGCUCAACCCCGCUAUAUGGAGUGGUAUAAACAAAAUAGAGAGGAAAUAGAGAGAAGACGACAAGAGAAAAAGGAAAAUGAAGAAGAAGAGGAACCGCCAAAGUGGCUAAGGAAAAGUACAAGACAGAGAUGGUUAAAAAUGACUCCAGAAGAUAGAAAAAUAUUUGAAUUAAAAACUCCAGAAGUCACACCACAAAGAAGAAAACGAAUUAAACCUUUAGUCAAUGUAGAAUCAGAACAAUUAAAAGCUAUUGUUCGUCAAGGUAGGAAAUUAAGGAAAGCUGAAGGUGGCAAUGGUGAUCCAUCAAUUGAAAUUUAUGCUCCAGAAAGACCACCACCACCUUCAUUACCUUCACAAUCACAAGUUAAACAUUAUCGUACUCAACAUUCAGAAUAUAAAUAUGAAAAACUUCCACCACCAUUUUAUCUUCAUCCUCCACCAGCUCCACAUUCUACACCACAAGCAUCUCCUCGUAGUUUUGAAGCUCCUCCAGAAUCUUCUUCAACUGAAUUAACUCACGAGCAAGUGACCUCUCCAGUUAUCGUUUCUUUUCAAGGAGGAAGUAGAUUGCGGCAUCAGCAACUUCUUGAGAAAAAAAGUGUUUUUGAUAUUGCAUACAGUGAAGCGGCACCACCGCAUUUACGUGCUGAUAGCACUACUCCACCUUCCUAAAACAAAUUAAUGUCUCAAUUAUUCAUAAUACAAGAGAAACAGAUGUAUA